AUGUUCAAAUUUGUGAUUUUCUCAACUUUCCUCAUUCAAAACGUGAUUUCAAUUGGGCGAACUCAAUCCACAUCAAUCGAGGGAAUUUUAUUGUGCGAAGAUAAGGUGGCGAGUGGUGUUUUGGUGAAAUUGUAUGAGCAUGACACAGGUUAGUCGAACUACUUACAACACUCCACGUUUACACUGGGAAGAUUUUCAGCCUCGCCCGAUGAAUUGAUGGAUUCGGCUGAAACUGACAAAGAUGGACAUUUCAAAUUGGAAGGACACGCUGAUGAGAUUUCAUCGAUUGAACCAAAGAUCAAUAUUUAUCAUGAUUGUGAUGAUGGAAUCAAGGUGGGGCUGUUUUUGGGGAAAGAAGUUCCGGGUUGGGGGGUUAUGACGUGGCAAAGUUUAAGAAUUUUGAAAAAAAUUGGGAUUUUUGAAUUCUCAAUUUCACCCGAAAAAAUUACGUUUCAAAAAAAAAUCAAAUCGAUUUCAAGAAUUUUUUUUUGCAUUUUUAGAAAAAGCUUGAACAGACAAUUCGUCUAGCAAAAAAAAAUCGAAAAUUUUUUUUUGAAACUUCUAACUUUGCCACGUCAUAACUCAUAUUGAAAUUUUUUAAUUAGGACAUAAAACAAGCCUAGGAUUACUGUAGAUAUUUUGGGAAUUUGGAAACUUCUGGAUCCUAAAUCUCAAAAAUAUGAAAAAAAAAAAUCAAUAAAUUUUAUUUCAUGGGAAAAUAUUUCAUUUAAAACCAGCUACAGUAACCCUAGGCAUGUUCUAUAUCGAAAAAAUUCAAAUUUUCGCGCGAAACAUCUACAGUAAUCCUGGGCAUGUUUGAUGUCUAAAAAAUCCAAAUUUCCGCGCAAAAAUACCUACAGUAACCCUAGACUUGUUCUAUGUCUAAAAAAUCCAAAUUUCCGCGUCCAAUUAUCUACAGUAACCCUAGGCUUGUUCUAUAUCGAAAAAAUUCAAAUUUUCGCGCGAAACAUCUACAGUAAUCCUGGGCAUGUUUGAUGUCUAAAAAAUCCAAAUUUCCGCGCAAAAAUACCUACAGUAACCCUAGACUUGUUCUAUGUCUAAAAAAUCCGAAUUUUUGCGCAAAAAUACCUACAGUAACCCUAGGCAUGUUCUAUAUCAAAAAAAUCCAAAUUUUCGCGCAAAAAUACCUACAGUAACCCUAGGCAUGUUCUAUAUCUAAAAAAUCCAAAUUUUCGCGCAAAAACAUCUACAGUAACCCUAGGCAUGUUCUUUUCCAAAAAUCCAAAUUUCCGUGCGAAAACACCUACAGUAACCCUAGGCAUGUUCUAUAUCAAAAAAAUCCAAAUUUUCGCGCGAAAAUACCUACAGUAACCCUAGGCAUGUUCUAUAUCAAAAAAAUCCGAAUUUUGCAGCCCUGCCAACGUAAACUAACAAUCUUCAUUCCCAGUCAAUACGUCUCAACCACAAAACAAGCGACGAAAGUGUUCGAUUUGGGACGACUUCAAUUGGCCGGCAAAUAUAAGGGUGAAACUAGAGAUUGUCUUCACUAG